GAGAGCGCGCCGAACCGACAGGAACGUUGAUAUCGAGCUUUUGAGCUGGGAUGUGUUUUUCUCCAGAAAUAUUUGUUGAUAAAUGAAUGUUCUGGUUGAUGCGCAUUUGCUGAAUUGUCUGGGAUAAGAGACUAAGAUGUCGGUGGCUCCCUUGGGAAAUUUACCCUAUUUUAAGGGCUUAUGGUCUGUGAUAUCUGGUACAACGUGUCGCUGUGACAAGGAGCUCGUUGAAGAUGAAAUUAAAAAUGCAACGGAGGUACUGCGGAAUGGGUUGUCCUAUUUUAAACCCUACACUGAAACAUCGUUACAAGCUGUUAAUAAGACCAAUCCACCUCCUAGAAUGUUUGAUCUUAUUGGAAAGCUAGCACCGUUACUGAACCUAGAUGCUACGAUAGCAUGGGACUUAGUUUGCAAUUUCAUGCUAUAUGAAUACCGUAACUGCGCAGAAACAUUUGCAUCCCAGCUCACAGAUUUGACCUCUAUGCGAGCUCUGAUAGAGCAGAUAUGGAGCUUUUACUACACUGAGCGCAUCACUUUGAUCAAGUGCCUGAAACUGAUGGUAGAGUACCGUGAGAAUGACAAGCAUCCUCACUCUAGUCAGUUUCUCAAAUUUUUCGAUGAAGUUCUUUUGGGUAGUCUUCUAGAAUCAGUCAGAAAACAGAUAGAAGCUUUAAAAUACAUAAAUCCUCCAGUGAGAUCUCAGCUGUUCAAUGAUGAACACUUGCAUCAACUGUAUAACAGCAGCCUCAUCGAAAUGCGCGAAUUACUACACAUCUUUACCGUGAUUCUAUACGAAGUUCACGUGGCUGAGAGCCAUUUUGUCAAUAUCUAUGGUAGUAUCAGUGGUGAACCGCGACGUCUCACAAGCACCAAGAGCCAUGAAGACAAGGAGACUCUAGCCAGAAAGAUUCAAGAUAUUCAGUACAGUCAAACGGCGCUACUUAUCGUUGGGCUCGACAUGAUGAAGCAUGCCGGUAUGGAGGAUUGGAUAAGGGAUCUUCGGGGUAGUAUACAGGAUAUAAUGGAACAUAAAUGUAUGCGUGACUCGUCGCCACAGGAUGGGCCGUUACUUUUGGCUUGGAUGUUGGCGAACUAUACUAUUGAGCCUGAUAACGCCGAUACCUUUAAUCUUUACCGGCCAUUCGGUAUUCGAGCUAUUCAGCUGAAUGUAUUCUAUUAUUUGCAAGGCCUCCUAAAUAGCGAAAUGUUAAAGGAAAAAACUCAGUAUGCCGUAACUGUUAGAGGCAGUAUUUAUAAUCUUUUAACUUUGCUCUGCGCGUUUGUGGACGACGAUAAAUUUGAUUCUUUUCCAGGAGUAUUCGAAGCAUGCGCUGCAACUUUAAGUUUUCCUGAGGCAGCAGAGCGCUUUUGGCAAGAAAAACCAGAGGAAGCUGGACUCUGGCCUAUCGUGAAAUAUGCGAUUCAGUGGUUCCCCUAUCGGUUCAAGCCGCUAACCUGUAUAAUGACCGGACUAGCCAGUGCCUCGUCCUCAAGCGCUUCGAAAACCAUUGAGGUCCUCGAAAAUCUUCCAUCUGUAACCUUGGAAAUUUCUCGACGUAACUUUAGUUCCGACUGGCAGCGUCGUCCUUACGAGAAUGAUUGUAUAAUCCAUAAAAACGAGUUUAAUAUUCCACUGAAUUGCGUCUAUCAGAAGCUUAAUUCAACGCAACAGAAGAAACUUACAAAAGACGAACAUGAAGUCAUACUGUUUAAGACAAAGGCCAACUACUGGAAUGCUAUUCAUCAUAAAAUUGAAUUGCUUUUGCUGGAGGCUACUGGCGGCAUUGCCAAUCUCAGCGAGGCUAGCAAUCUUUUACCUGAUCAAGUAGCAGUUGGAUUUGGCCUUCUCGAGGCACUUUUGGCCACAGAAGUAGAUGUCUCCAGCAGCAUGGUUAUACCUACAGAGCUUAGUUUUGAGGUCAUCAAUCGGUUUUCUUACCCAGAUUUACCGCUCAACAUAUACAAGGUCGUCGCUUCCUGCAUCAAAGUAUCUUCCAAACUUGUUCUCCGUUAUCCAGAAGACGUCCUCUCUCGAAUGCGCUCAGGCGUCUACCCACGCUUUGACGACCGCUAUCAGAAAACCACCGAAUUCGCUCAAGCCGUAUCCUUUGACGGCGGUCUUAUUGCUUCCUGGCUUUCCAGCAUCGAAACGAUCCAGCACACUUAUCCAAUUCUCGAUGCUUACCUUGACACGCUGUCCAACUACCUGAUGUCUCGUUACAGCAAAGAAGCGCUUUACGCCGUUGAAAUACCUGGAAUGAUAAUGUUGUUGCAAAGUGUUCUUCCCAAACUCGAGUCUUGGUACUUCAGUUCCGAAACCGAGAGGGUUGAGCUCUGGUUGAAGAGCGUGUACUGUCUUCAUAGAGCGCUCGAUGUCACACCCGGUAAGAAGGAUGAGUCAAGGAGCGAGCUCAGAAGAAUCGUCACGUAUAAUCUGUUGCAUUUGGAACCGAGACACGCGCUUUUGAAGUUGGUUCGAACUGGAGAGAAGACGCUGAGGAAUAAGAUGAUGAGCGAGACGGAUUGGAUCGCUGGUAAAGGUUUCAAGGUAAUGAAGAGCGUGCAACUCGCCCUCUCCGUUAUCAAUCGUCUCUUGAUGUAUCGCAAAAAUUUGGGUCUCGGCAUGGAUGAGCGUUCGCCUCUGGAAGCUGCCCUUUAUGCCUCGCCGUCAUUACCUAACGCUCUCUUGAUCGUGCCAACGAUCGUCGACUAUCUCUACGUCUGGUUCAGCCCGGCUCUCCAAGCCAUGGCUGUGCGCCUCUUGAAAAAAUUUGCCGAAGGCUUCUCAAUGUCGCUGUUGGUUUGCAUGGGUAUGGAUGGUACGGCUAUUCGUGAAACUUUCGCUUCGAGACUGAUGUCACCUACUUGUGGAGCUGAGGUUAAAGUCGCUAUACUUGAGCUUGUCACCGUUUGUCUCGACAAACAACCAGGUCUAACGGAGGCAUUGUUCAACAUAAUGCAUCAAGCUGAACGUCGGCGCAUCUUCCCUCGCCCGGCCGACGAAUUCCUCACUGAAGGCUGUACUCGCUUUCUCGAUCUUUAUCUCGAGCGUGUACGUAAGGAGGAGGAUAUUAUUUACGAUCGUCUUUACGACAGCACCAUGAAUUUACUCCGCGCCAUGUGGUAUCACCGCAACGAAAUUCUUGUAAGCUUCUUUCGCAAACGGCCGGACUUCUGGAGCAAACUCUUCGCGCCACUAUUCCGCAAGCUUGCGCCUCGUGUGCGUGGUUACUCUCAGCUUCUAGAUAUCGUUACUCUCGAGCUCUUUAAAAGUCCGCUAUUGGAGAAAGAUUUCACGUUGAAUUUGGAUAAAUUGCUGGACGAGAAGACGACACACUGGAACAACCUGACGGAGUAUGUUUUUGACAGCAUACCGCCACCGUCUAAGGAUCAAGAACUUGAGGAUAUCGAAGACGACGAAGAACAAGUAAUAUCGGAAAAAGAAGCUGGCGUGAGACCUCUCUAUGAAACGAACCUAGAAUCUUGGUACCAAAUGCUGGUCGUUCUGACUGGAGAGCGUACCUCCCGCAACUACUCGAUUGGUACAAAACAAGCGCAGCUUACAACGAGACUAGCAUUAGAUCAGUUACUCAUCCGUCUUAGACAGCUUCCACCUGGGUCUAGACGUGGUCGUUUUUCCGCUGCGAAGCUUACCAUGCUGUUGGCCUCGAUAUCCUUGCGCUGUAUCACCUCCUGGCAUGUCACGUGCAUCGGCAGCAUUAAUACAGCGGGAGAUCUGAAGGACAAAUUAGUAGAAUCCAUGCAGGAAAUCGCUCAAUCAUACCGUAACUACCGUAAACCUUUACGCCAAACUCUGGUCGCUCUGGUACUCAGCUGGAUCGAGCUAGUGGACGAUCGAUUAGGCGAAGACGAGGCCAUGUUAGAGUAUCUGUUAUCACAGGCAUGCGUCCUGGCUGCCGGUGAUACUGAAGAGCUGAGAGAAACCGCCAGAAGUCGAGAGCAAAAAAGAAAGCCCGAGGAAGAAGAAGAGGUACGUCGGGACGCAGAGGAGGCAACUGGCGUCUGUGAGUGUAUUCCAGCAACGCUGACGAUCUGCCUGGUUACGCGGUUGCUCAGAUUCAAGAUCGAGCACAGUUCUGAUGACAGCAGAAAGCGAAAAGCUGUCUGUCAACAGCUAAGACUACUGGUACCGGAACUAUUGAGCUGCAUUGGGGUCACAUUGCAAAAACAUCCGUACAUCAAGUUCAGCAAAGCUGCGAUGACGCUGUUGAGUGUGAUAGCGAGGUCGUUCCAUGAGACGAUGCCAGUAAAUGAGGAGGCGAUCGCUAAGCUGUGGCUGGCGCUUAUACCGCCUAAGGAUAUUAGGAACAGUCUGCAAGAUUCUUUAUAUGAGGACUGUCCAAGCAGUAGUAGCCGUUGGCGAUGCCAGGAAUGGUGGCCCUUGUAUACUUCCGGCCUAGAGUUGGUAACCAGUCUGGUGUCGGGUCAGGCAGGCCCAAGCUACGUCUCGGCUGUGGUGAUGUAUCUGGGUUCGCACGAGCACCUUCUUAUGGAGGGCUCGACACUGCUGAGACACACCGCCGACCCUGUCGCUGCAGAUCUCAUCCAGUCGCUUGUCACUCUCAUCUCAGCUUUAUCCGUGAGGCCCAUCUUCUGGGGCUCGGUUCAUCCUUCUGUCAGAGAAACGUUAAUCAAAUGCACGUAUCUUUCGUAUGACAGUACGGUAAACCUGCUGCUGCGUCCGCGUAUCCUUAAAUUCAUAAUCGACGGCAUCAGUGUCGAGAGCGCCGAGGAAUUGCAGAGUUGUGACGAGAGACAGCUCAGUGGUGAGCUGAGGCUUCUCGUCAACAAGCUCAUACUCAUCAACACCAGCUGUGCUCAGAGUUUUGUCAGAUUCUCCCCAAGACUCAAUGCGCUCGUGGAUACUAUUAACGCGCAAGAAGACUUUUGGUAUGCUCCGAUGGCAGAGAUGAAUUUCGGCCCCCCGCAGAUGUCGAUGACUUCUGGCCCACGCCUGACCUACGGAACGAUAAUUAGCUCAACGCAACUCUUCACCCAAGCUCAAUGGCACUUCCUUCUCAACUCCAGUUCUACCUCCAGUGCCAUACGACAACCACCAUCUGGUUCAUCGAAGGAUCCCGCAACCAGCACCUCGAUCCUCUCAACCAGCACUAGCACUCCAAGUACUUCCAAGGACGACUCCCGCAUAGACUCGGCGCGACGUGAAUGGGAACGUGCUACUCCGGAGAAUCUACGACGUAUGCAAACCAAGGACCUGCGCAAGAUGCUGUAUACAGGCUCAUCGAGUCUCGGGCCAUCCGUAAUAGCGAGUUGCAGUUCCUCUUCUCCGAGGCAAGAGUUCUCUAAUUAUCUCACAGGUCACGAACUUACAGUACCAUUACUCAGUGCACCAAGACUCAUCAAGAGGCCUUUUGAUCCGCUCAUCUGCGAGAAUAUGAUACUAUCACGAGCUACAGCGUUGGUGCCGUUGCCAGGUAGAUCGUCUGCGGCAGCGCACGUAAGCCGUGGUAGCAGUCCUGGAGCUCAGAGCAGAGCUUCGCGUAGCCCAUCGAGAGACGGGGCUAAUGGCUCGAGCAGUGAUCCCUGGUUUGAUUCCAUGGAAGAAAACAAUACGAGGCUCGCCUUAGAGGUCAACCUCGUGCUCAUACUUUGUCAGGCGUUCGAGGGUGUCAGAAGUCCAAGACUAGCCGUCAGAGAUCGACAAUUAAUCGUUCGAGAAACGGCGACUGAGCUAAGCGUGUUCUUCGACUUUUUGGAGCACCGGGGACAGCAGACUGAAUGGUCCGUAGCUGCAGCAUUAGUCGACCCUGAAGCCAAACGAUCGAGAAUGGUUCGAGCUAAGAAUGAAGUUGACAAACGGUUACCUGCAAGACUUUCAGCCAAUACUACUGUACAGAAGAUUUCCGAGACAGUUCUCGAUGACAUGAGUAUGGAGUUGACUUGUGUCGAGCAACAACACCAAAAUUUGCCAGCCGAGAAAGAAGUUCGCUCAAGAGAUGACGUCGUGACGACAGGUGGAUUUAAGGUACCAUCUGAUAUGAGCAAAUUUCUACCGCUGCUCGGACGACUACUAAAGUCCGUGGUAGAGUCGCUAGACUCAGCGCAGUUUGGAUGAUGGUUACGAGAGUGAACGUGACGAAAACGAAGCGUGAAUAUUGGUUUUUGAUGAGAUGAGAUCAAUGGUUAUACUGUUUCUUUAAUGGACUUGCUGGUAAUACAAGUAUACUUUGGUUAUUGAGAUGUUGAGUAUCAAAUGAAAUUUGUUGAAAUCUACUUUAUCAACUAUGUGCAUUCCUUGAUGGCCAAUGCAUGUCAAUCAUUAAAUUUGUUUACUGUAUAAAUUAUUAGAUUUUUAUAAAAAAAGGCCAUUAGAUUUUGUUAUUAAUUUUGUUUGCAAUAUAAAUCGCUUUGAUACUCAACACCUCAAAAUUUUUUAAUUGUAUACUUCCUAGAAAGUGUAUCUCAUUAGCCCAUAUAACAUGAAAGAUUUUGUAUGAAAUUGAUUUUUCGAAUGAUGCCAAUGACGUAUUUGCUAUAAGUAAAAGUGAACUAUAUGACGUUUGAUAUGUCUUGGAACACUGGAUGAAUUAAAAAGCAACAUUCUGGCGAAGCAGGAAAGUUCGCCGAUAAUGUAAGACCUGCUAAGGCAAUUCUGUAUUUAUUGUUGAUAAUUAACGAGAUUGUAAGUAUAAUUUUUUCAAUAAAUCGUGUUCACACGAA